UUGAUCGGCUGUCGUCUCGAUAUCUGCAUUGAUUUCCUAGCUCUGUUGAAAAAUGAUAAGGCCGCUGGUAGAUUCAGGAAUCUGUUGAGUUCUUUUGAGUGGAAUUGGUUGCUUGAUGAAGCGAAGGCAAGGUUUCCUCCGCAAAAUCGAUGGAAACAUGAACUGAGCUGUUUGCUAACAUCUGGUGCGUUUGAUAGUAACAAGAAUGUAUUGUUUCUGGCUCAGCUGCUCCAUGGAGAUCGGAAGUACUUGGAGCGUGCCGCGUCUGCUGUCGUGAGCGAAUGGUGGCAUUUGAUGCCAUUCUAUGUGUUUGUGAAGAAUUUCACGGUUACCUACAAUGAAUUGGGUACACUUGCACAUGAGUGCCGGGACUUAUUUAAAACGGUGGCGAAUUGUAACGAUGAGGAGUUCGAUCCGUUUCUUUCAAUUCUAACGAUGAAAGAUAUUUCUGUCUUACAGAACUUGAUGUCUAAUCCAUGGUUAUCAGUUCAUCUCACUGAUACCUUGCUGCACACUGACACGGAAUCAACGGUUUCUCGAAAAAUCCACCGCGUUUUUUUCGCUCACUUCUGUAUUUUGACGCGUUCUUUCAGUCUCUGGGAGAUUGGUGCAAAUUACUUAAUACACUGUGGAUCAGAGGGCCGAUUAAGACUAGAAAGUCAUAUAGAGGCUAUGCAUAUCGAAGACGAAGCUAUGGCUGAGGCUUUGAUGCGAAUAUGUGAGGAACAAGAGCUGGAUGACUCCAAAGCCUGUAUUGUGAACACUAUGACUUAUCGGUUUUUUUCUGGCAUUUUAUUUGCUUACCUGUCUGGUAAAUGUACUCAAAUAAUUUACUAUAUAAGAUGCAGCUGUGGUUUUUGCAGAAUUGUGUGGCAAGCUGAAAAAGAUAAACUGGCUACUUUGAGCGCACUUGACCAUAUGGCUGACUACGUAGCAGAACUGGGAUCUCAUUCCCUUGCGUUUCUUUUUAAUUAUUAUCGCUUUCAUCGAUCUCUCAGUGCUGGAGACGUGCGAUCGGGUGUUCCAGUGAGUUUGUACUCUGGAUGUAAUUUUAGUAGCUGCAGUCAGAAGGGAUCUAUAUAG